GCUAAUUAUCUGCAAUCACCCACGGCUGACACACCACACACAAGGCGAGUUUGUUGCAGCGCAGCGUGCUCUGUCAACGUGGUUGCGUGCUUGGUGUGUGUGUGCGUGUGUGCGUGUGCGUGUGUGCGUGUGUGUGUGUGUGAGGAGAGUAGCAGUCGCUUGGAAGAGACAGCAGUUGUCGCCGCUUGGAAGAGAGUAGCAGUCGCCGCUUGGAAGAGCGUAGCAGUUGUCGCCGCUUGCCAUGGCGUCCAAGGAUAGUCACAAUGGCGACCCUGCCAAGACGGAGGCGGGAAACAGCGGCGAUGGGGACGAGGAACGGCUACAAGGCCUUGGCGUGACGAUGGUGAGCCAGUCCAGCGUGGAACAGCAAGUUGACCAGCAACUCGAUGCACGCGCCAAGAUCAUGGACCUCACAAAACAAGCCAAGAAGACACAAAAGAGCUUGAAUGCCAUCAAGUUCCAGCUGGACCAGGUGCAAGGCACGCUCAGCCGCCUGCACACGGACAUGUCCAAGGCCAUCAGCAGCCAGGCGCCAGACACCACCUCGCGGGUCGCCUCCAUCCGCACCGAUAUUGCCAUGCACCAGUCCAUGCUCAAGAAACUGCAAGCGAAGCGGGAUGCACUGGUUGCGGAUGUCCAGGAGAAAAACGACUCCAUUGCAGCGCUGACAGCGGCGUCGAGAAAAGCGAUUGUGCGCCCGACAUACAUGCACGGCCGCAGACGCACGUCAACACCCGAUGACGGCAGUGGUGGUGGUGGUGGUGAUCGCGAGCAGGGGUUGAAGCAGCAAGGCAGAGAUGCCCUGUCUCGAUCAACAGCAGCAGCAGCAGCAACAACAGCAAAAACAGCAGCAGUAUCAUCGUCAUCAUCGUCACCGUCAUCAUCAUCAUCAUCAUCAUCGCUUCGGCACGGACUGCGCACAACAAACUGGUCCACGCCAUCGCUCACAGCAGCGCGCAUCAGCAAGAGCCGCGUUGGGUACUUGAAGCUGAAGAAGCGCGGGAAGCACGUCGGUGCGGGCACAACACCGCCAACACACGAGGACGCAUAUGCUGCUCGCCCCAACGCCACGCAGACACGCGGCGGACGCGGAGGUGCAGUAGCAGCAGGAGCCACUUCCACCAAAGUCAAAGCAACAACCAUACCAUCCUCAUCGUCAUCAUCAUCAUCAUCAUCAUCAUCGUCAUCAUUAGGGAGGAGGCGCGGAAAGCGGCGAGCAGACAGUUCAACAGCAGCAGCAGCGGCAGCACGGGGGACAAGCAGUGGUGGUGGUGGUGGUGGUGGUGGUGGUGGUGGUGGCGGGAAGAAGGCGAAGGUGACGUCUGGUGCCAAGGGGCGGAAGCGCACGGCGGGGAAACAGAAGGGAGCAACAACAACAAGAACAAGAGCUGCUACUACAGCACCAACGGCAACCGCAAUCACAUCGUCAUCAGCGCUGGCUGGUGUGCCAUCCCUCCAUGAACAACAACAACAACAACAACAACAACAACAACAACAACAACAACAACAACAACAACAACAACAACAACAACAACAACAACAGCAACAACAACAACAACAACCGGCGGGCGGGUGGUGGACGGGCGGAGUGUCAAUGAGGGCAGCCGCAAAGAAGGCAGCGAGUAAAGUGCGAACCAUGAUCGAGGACACACAGAGUGUUGGUGGUGGAGGCAGUGGCGGUGGUGGCCGCGAUGAUGGUGGUGGUGAUGCGGAUGUCAUUGUUGUUGACGGUGACGAUGAUGAUGGUGGUGGUGUUGGUGGUGAUGAUGAUGAUGACGAUGAUGAAUGGUCGCCUGAUGGCGAUGUGAAGCGAACUGGGAGGAGAAGAGAUGGUCACAGAACUGACGAAGAUGAUGAGGAGGAUUACGAGGACGAUGAUGAUGAGGGGUCGAUGGUUGUCAUCCCAUCCGAUGAUGAUGAUGAUGAUGAUGAUGAUAAUGAGGACGAUGAUGAUGAUGUGUUGGAGUUGAAGCAUUCCUCCUCGUACGCCGCAUUCAAACGACUGAGGGCGCAGCAGCACACGCGCGUUCAAGAUGACGGCGAUGACGGCGCCUAUCGUGAACGCAUUUCGGCCUGGCAGGACAGGCUGGCGGCGUUUAUUGACGAAACCAAACGCACCAGUGGUGAUGGUGGUAGUGAUGGCGGAGGAGGAGGAGAACAACUGAACAGCAGCGAUAAGGACGAGCCAUUGUUCGAUGAGCUGUACAGCGCACGUGACUUUGCUGCUGCGCCGGCAAAAGUCCUCAACGCCAUUUACGUUCCCGGCUUCCUCUGGUCAAAGCUGUACCCGUACCAGCACGAGUGCGUGCGGUGGUUGGCAUCGCUGCAAACGAGCGGUGUGGGCGGCGUGCUGGGCGAUGAGAUGGGGCUUGGUAAAACCAUCCAGGUCAUCGCAUUCCUCGCCGGGCUCAUGUACGGCACACCAACAACAUCAGUCCGUCGCCACGUGCGGCGCUCCUCAAACGGCGCCAUCCUGGUGGUGUGUCCGGCCACAGUCGUCCAUCACUGGGUCAGGGAGUUUCACAGGUGGUGGGCCCCUUUCCGCGUCUGCGUCCUCCACAGCUCAGGCAAUUACGAAGGACGGGAGUCGCUUGUCCGCCGAAUUGCCCGCGGCGGCGCUGGGCAUGUGCUCAUCACCACAUACUCGACUCUGCGAACGGCACACACAGACAUCCUCGUACGUCAUCGGUGGCACUAUGCAGUGCUGGAUGAGGGCCACAAGAUUCGUAAUCCAGAUGCGCAGGUCACCAUCAUCGCCAAGCAGCUCAAGACAGAACACAGGCUGCUGUUGACAGGCACGCCGAUACAGAACAAUCUCAAGGAGCUCUGGUCCCUCUUCGACUUUGUUCACCCGGGAAGGCUUGGGCAGCUGCCCACGUUCACAAAUGAAUUCAUCACGCCGAUGAUGGUUGGAUCUUACGCCAACGCAACAGAGAAGCAGGUGCACGCUGCGUACCGGUGCGCGUGUGUUCUGCGCGACACCAUCCGACCGUGCAUGCUCCACCGCUCCAAGGCCGAUGUGCAGGCCCAGAUUUCCCUCCCGCCACGCAACGAACAGAUUCUGUUCUGCAAAUUAACGGACGACCAGCGUGCCCUCUACGAGCACUUUCUUGCAUCACGAGACGUCGGCGAGAUUCUACGUGGGGAGCUGACGGCAUUCCACGGCAUUGACCUUCUGCGAAAGAUCUGCAACCACCCGGACCUUGCCCCGUCGCUCGCCGACCCGCCAGACUACUCAGACCCAAGUGUGCCGCUGCCGUGGGAGAGGUCUGGGAAGAUGAUUGUUCUUCGCCAGCUCCUGCGCAUCUGGUUCCAGAAGCAGCACAGGGUGCUGCUGUUCUGCCAGACGCGCCAGAUGCUGAACAUGCUUGAGAGCUUCAUCAAGUAUGAGCACUACACCUACCUCCGCCUCGACGGCACAGUCAGUGUGAAGCAGCGGCAGCCGCUCAUCCGCUAUUUCAACGACAACCCGGAGGUCUUCAUCUUCAUCCUCACAACCCGCACGGGUGGGCUUGGCUUGAAUCUCACGGGCGCAGACCGCGUGAUCAUCUUCGAUCCAGACUGGAACCCUUCCGUCGACGUACAGGCGAAGGAACGGGCGUGGCGCAUUGGGCAGCAGAAGCCCGUGACCAUAUAUCGUCUCCUCACCGCCGGCACCAUCGAGGAGAAGAUCUACCACAGACAGGUGUUUAAGCAACUGCUGACGUUCAAAGUGAUGAAAGACCCGAAGCAGCGCCGAUUCUUCAAAUCCAGCGAUCUCCACGAACUCUUCGUAUUGGGCGACGCUGCUCACGACACGGAGACGGGCGACCUUGCGAGCCAGCUGUCGGGCCAGGACGUGGCCGUGACCCGAGCCGAUAUGGAGCGAAAGGCAGCAGGAGGAGGAGGAGGAGGAGGGAUGGGGAAGAAGGAACAAGCGGAGGAGGCGAAGGAAAGGCAGAAGGGGGAAAGGGCGAAUGGGAAGGGCGAAGAGGAAGAGACAGGUGGUGGUGGUGGUGGUGGUGGAAAGGGGCAGGGAAGUGGGAGAGGCGUGGAAACAGCGAGCAGUGUCGGGAGUGUGCAAAGUCCAGCCUCUCUUGAUCGUGGUGGUGACGGUGGUCACCAAGAAGUGGAAAAGGACAAAGAGCAUGAUGAGGACAGCACCAUCCGAAGCAUUCCACAGCUGGCCCGUGUGGAUGUGCGAGUUGUUCGCGAUGACCAGCGCAAGGACAAGCAGGCGCCCCCCUCUGCCACCACAACCACCUCCUCAUCGUCCUCCUCAUUGUCGUCGUCGUGCAGCAAGGCACCGGUGAGGAGCAAGCGGGUGUUUGGACGCGUGCGCGCACCGCCAAUGACAGCGCCGUCACCGCUGUCGCACCGAACCCUCAAACCAGCAACAGCAACAGCAUUAUCAUCGUCGUCAUCAUCAUUAUCGCCAACGGCAACACCGCCACGGUCCUCCUCAGCCACUGGCGCACCCGCAACAAUGCCAGCGUCAUCGUCAUCAUCAUCGUCAUCGUCAUCAGCCACCGCGUCGUCUGCGAGCGGGGUGCAACAGGACCUGAAGAGCGACUUUGUGCUGCGCCAGCUGUUUGAGGGGACGGGGAUACACAGCGCACUUGAGCACGACCGCGUGAUGCACUCGACGGCGUCUGGUCGCGUUAUCAGCACACGCGAGGCAGAGAGGAUUGCGCAACACGCCCUGGACACGCUCAGGCGGGAGCAGGAGCAGGCAAAGAAGCAGCGUAUUGGGACGGUCACGUGGACAGGCAAGUCGGGCCAGCGAUUUGGACAGGUGUCUGCUGCAAAGCGGUUUGGCGGAGGAAGAAAGACAUUUGGUGCUGGUGGUGCUGGUGGUGGUGAUGGAACAAGUCCCAGCAGUAGCGGUGAUGGUGAUGGCCGUGGCCGUGGAGACACCACGGGGUCACGCGGCAUUAUGGCGCAGAUCAAGAAGCGGAAGCAAGAUGUGAGUGCUGCGCACGCGUCCGAGUUUGCUGUUCCGCUGCUAAAGGAGAUUCGACAGUUUAUCAAAGAGAAAGGUGGGCGUGCGUCGACACAGGCGUUGCUGGACCACUUCAACAAGCGCGUUGCCGGGAGCAGACAGGCCGUCUUUGUUCGCCUGCUGCACAGCACGUGCACCUUCUCCCGUGUUGGCUCAAAGGGCUACUGGAGCAUUAAGCCAGAGUAG